AGUUUUUCGUGUGUAUGAUGGCUAUACUGCUUCAUUGUCAUACAGUGGAGUGGGUUAUUCUCAUACUUAAUCCAAGAGAUUUCUCUUGUGGACUUCGCGAAAAUUCAUUCAUUUAGUUUUAGUUAGAAAGCGGAGAUUAUGUUAUAGUUUCAAAGUGAGAGUUGCUGUCUCCUAACUAUGAGGAGUCCCUGGAGUUACAGUACUAGCUGCGCACUUUGUGCUCGAGCUCACUUGUCCGCAACCAGGACGGCAUAGCACGACGCGGUCGAAAAGAUUUCGAGGGAAGGCCUGCUGCCUUGAUUGCACCACAUCACAGUCCAUCAUGUCUGGCCACAGGAAUCAAAACAACCCACCGGGCUUGAAGCAAAUUGACCUUGACCAAAUAUGGGGUGACUUAAAGCAAGGUAUUGAGCAAGUGUACAAUCGACAAGGGAUGUCCAGGCAGCGAUACAUGGAAUUAUAUACUCAUGUUUAUAAUUACUGCACCAGUGUGCACCAGCAGGGCAAUCGGUCAGCCAGCACCAAACUGAAGAAGGGACAUGUGUCUGGAGGAGCCCAAUUGGUUGGCCUGGAGCUCUACAAAAGACUUCGAGAGUUCCUAAGAAAUUACCUUAUCAGUCUUCUCAAAGAUGGUAUUGACCUUAUGGAUGAAGACGUACUCCAGUUUUACACAAAGCAGUGGGAAGAGUACCAAUUUAGCUCUAAAGUGUUAAAUGGUGUGUGCGCUUACCUAAACAGGCAUUGGGUACGGCGAGAAUGUGAGGAAGGCCGAAAAGGGAUUUAUGAAAUCUACCAGUUAGCUCUUGUAACAUGGCGUGAUCAUCUUUUCAAACAACUCAAUAAACAGGUUACUAAUGCUGUUCUUAAACUUAUUGAACGAGAACGUAAUGGAGAGACUAUAAAUACGAGACUGGUUAGCGGUGUGAUAAAUUGUUAUGUAGAAUUAGGUUUGAAUGAAGAGGAUCCUGGGGCACGGGGCCAAAAUUUAUCUGUGUACAAAGAUUCAUUUGAAAAUGUGUUCCUUGAUGAUACAGAAAGGUUCUAUACUCGUGAGAGCACGGAGUUCCUACGUCAAAAUCCUGUUACGGAGUAUAUGAAAAAGGCAGAGCAACGACUAUUGGAAGAGCAGCGACGUGUUCAAUUUUAUUUGCAUGAAACAACACUCGAGCGUCUUGCGAAGACCUGUGAGAAAGUCCUUAUUGAAAAGCAUCUGGAAAUAUUCCAUGCAGAAUUCCAAAAUCUGCUUGAUGCUGACAAGAAUGAGGACCUUGGGAGGAUGUACCAGUUGGUUGCACGAAUACCUGAUGGCUUAGGUGAACUGAGCAAUUUGCUCGAGGCACACAUAGCUGCUCAGGGCCUUGCUGCCAUUGAUAAAUGUGGUGAAGGAGCCAAUAAUGAUCCAAAGAUGUAUGUUAAUACAAUAUUGGAAGUGCACAAGAAAUAUAAUGCUCUCGUACUCACUGCUUUCAACAAUGAUUCUGGCUUUGUGGCUGCUCUUGAUAAAGCUUGUGGACGUUUCAUUAAUAGUAACACAGUUACCCGUCAGGCUAACAGUUCAUCGAAAUCUCCAGAACUCUUAGCAAAAUAUUGUGAUUUACUAUUAAAAAAGAGCAGCAAAAAUCCUGAAGAGGCUGAAUUAGAGGACACUUUAAACCAAGUGAUGGUGGUAUUUAAAUAUAUUGAAGAUAAAGAUGUAUUUCAAAAAUUUUAUAGCAAAAUGUUGGCUAAACGUUUAGUACAGCAUAUGUCUGCUAGCGAUGACUCCGAAUCGUCCAUGAUUUCAAAACUGAAGGGAGCGUGUGGGUUUGAAUAUACAUCAAAGCUUCAACGUAUGUUUCAAGAUAUUGGUGUAUCUAAAGAUCUUAAUGAAGCUUUUCGAAAACAUCUUGUAAAUUCAAACGAACCACUUGAUAUUGACUUCAGUAUCCAAGUGCUAUCGUCUGGCUCAUGGCCUUUCCAGCAGUCCUUCACAUUUUCUCUUCCUACUGAGCUGGAACGGAGUGUUCAUAGGUUUACAACUUUCUACAGUAGUCAGCAUAGUGGCCGCAAACUCAGUUGGCUCUAUAAUAUGUCCAAAGGAGAGCUUCUGACGAAUUGUUUUAAAAACCGAAAACUUCUCAUUCAAGCUGCUAUAGUACGUAUAAUGAAGAUGAGGAAGGUAUUGAAGCAUCAGCAGUUGGUAGCUGAGGUACUCAACCAGCUUUCUUCUCGUUUUAAGCCUCGAGUGCACAAAUGUAUUGAUAUCCUAAUUGAGAAAGAGUACUUGGAGCGCACAGAGGGUCAAAAAGAUACUAUUGCAUAUUGUGAUAGUAGCAAUGUGCAAUUUGAUGUGAUAAAUUUUUGUUUCAUUGUUCAAUCAGUAUAUCCUCAAGUUCACAAUGAUUUAUAUGUGCAAUUCUUGAAGUUCCACUGCUACUUGAUGUCAAUUUCCAUUUCAAAAUUUGAUGUUCCUUCCCAUAGUAUCCCAUUGGGUGUUGAGGAGCUCCCUCAACAGAACUUUUGUCUGCCUGGCAUGCUUUUUGCUUCCAUUGUGCAUAUCAGCUUUACUUGUGAUCUAUGUAUCCAUUAUGUUACAUGGAACAUUGAGCUGCCCCUCCCCAAACCUGCCGUUUGGAACAAAAAGCUGGUUUGUCUGAGUGGGAAACCAAAUUCAUGUGUGUUUGACAAGAAAAGAUUUAUU